AUGGGAGAAGAGGAAAAGAUUGCAGGCUAUGUGUCGAAGGUGCAGAAACUCGUCCAUCUCAGGAAGGGUUAUAGUGAAACCCUAACUGAUAAGAUGAUAGUUGAUAAAUUAAUGUGUAUGUUAACCUCUCACUUUGAUCAUAUUAUCAUAGCUAUUCAAGAAUCCAACAAUCUUGAAACCUUAAAACUGGAAGAUUUGGUUAGUUCGUUGGAGGCGCAUGAGAUUGGGAUUUUCGAAAGGAAAGGAGUUCAAGACUCGAUACAAGCACUACAAGCUCAGUCAUGGAAGAAUAAUGGUGGUUCCAACGAGUUCAAAGUCAAAAUCGCCAAGACUCAGGGAAAAAAGUCUUGGUCGAAUCCUCACAAGAAUAAGUUCGAUGAUAGAGCUUCUGAAUCCUCGAAAAGAGGAGAAGGAAAUUCCUAUCAGAAAGACAAAGAAGAGAAAAAAGAUGACCAUGUCGGAUCCAAUAUCUGCUUACUCGAGUCAGGCUUCUCGAAUCACAUGACUGGUCAAAAAGUAUGGUUAAGAGAUUUCGACGAGUCGAAGAAGAAAAAGGUAAAACUUGCUGAUAAUAGCUCGUUACAAGCUGAAGUGGUUAUGAAAGAUGGAGCCUUAGAAAUUUUCAACAUCCAGAAUAACUUGGUAUUGAAAUCUCCGUUAUCGAAGAAUAGAAAAUUUAAGACCAUUAUUAGUUCGACUGAGGUACAAUGUCUGAAAAUAGUUGUCGACCGUAAAAAUAGUUGGGUAUGGAAUUUGAGGUUUGGCCAUCUUAAUUUUAGGUCGCUCAAUCAACUGAUCACUCAAGAUAUGGUAGCUGGUAUACCAAGUCUUGAGAUGCCCGACAAGCUCUGUGAAGGUUGUCUAGUCGAAAAGAGGUAUAGGAAUUCUUUCGUUUCGACUAUGCCAAUGAGAUCCUCCUGCAUACUCGAAGUUGUACAUUCAGACGUAUGUGGUCCUUUUGAGGAGCAUAUCAUUGGUGGAAACAAGUAUUUUGUUUCGUUAUCGAUGAGUUUAGUUGAAAUCUAUGGAUCUAUGUGA